AUGGCAUCCCACAACGAGCCCGUGGUCAGUUUUCUGGGCCCCGUGGCCUCUUACUCGCACCAGGCGGUUCGGCAGGUUUUCCCAGAGGACAAAUGGGACUUGAGACCCGUGAAUACCAUAGACGAUGUCUUUGAUGAAGUCCAGGAUCGUCGGGUCACUGCUGGCGUAGUGCCCUUCGAGAACUCGACCAACGGAUCCGUGGUCUUCACCCUGGAUAACCUGGCCGACCGGAAUGGCCGAUACAAGGACAUCACUGUCGACGGCGAAAUCUUUGUCGAUGUCCAUCACUGCCUGCUUGGCCGCAAGAGCCCCAACGACAAGCUAGAUGAAACCCACGAAGCUUCUGGAACUUGCACGCCCACUGCUACGCAUCCCAGUCCACCGAAGCCAAAGUCGAAGCCCCUCACCAGUCUCAGCCAUAUCAAGCGGCUUUACUCGCACCCUCAAGCAUUCGGACAAUGCAAUGCCUUCAUUUCCACUUAUCUCAAGGGCGUGGAGAUCAUCGAUGUUAGCUCCACCAGCAAAGCCGCUGAGAUUGUCAGUCAAGAUGAAACUGGCACGUGGGCUGCCAUAUCCAACCACCUGGCUUUGAGUCUGUACGGUCUCGACCUGUUGGGUAAAAACAUUGAAGAUCGGGAGGACAACACCACUAGGUUUCUUGUCAUUGGCACGAAUCCCUCAGUGCCGGACGACUGGGAUCUGCAAAAGCUGUCGAUUGCCAAGUCGGGAAGCAAAUCACUUGUCUCUUUUACUGUUCCGCAUACUUCUCCUGGUGCCCUAGCCGAUGUUCUUGGCUGCUUUCGGGAAUUUAAUCUCAACUUGACAAGUAUCAACAGCCGGCCAAGUCUGUUGGCACCCUUCCAGUAUAUUUUUUUCGUCGAGUUUGAAGGACACAAGUAUGACGAUCCUGAUGGUCGGGUGAGGGGGGCGCUGGAGAGGAUUGGCCAAGUUGCCCAGAGCUGGCGAUGGCUCGGGAGCUGGGAGAGAUACAGGUAG